AAGGAAUGAUGUAAGAGAGGGUUCAGUUAGGAGUUUGGGAAAAGGAUUUUCCGAAAGUAAUAGUGUUGUCAGAGCAAGAGAAAGCCCCUAAAAAUGGAAGCUGAGAUGGAAGAGAAGAUCCAGAAAACGGUGCGUUCCAUUCUCCAACAAUCCAAUAUGGAUGACGUCACUGAGUACAAGAUUCGGAAGCAGGCCUCCGACAAGCUCCACCUUGAUCUCUCCAAGCCUCCAUACAAGGCCUUCGUCAAGCAAGUCGUUCGGUCCUUCCUCGAAGAACAACAACAACAGGAGGAGGAGAAGGAGGAGGCAGAAGAAGAGGAACAAGAACGGCAGACGGGUGAUGGCGAGUACGACGACGAAGGCAAUCUCAUUGUUUGCAAGUUGUCAGAGAAGAGGAAGGUGACAGUUCAAGAUUUUCGAGGGAAAACGUUGGUGUCUAUAAGGGAAUACUUUAAGAAAGAUGGGAAAGAGCUUCCUACUGCUAAAGGGAUCAGCUUGACAGAAGAACAAUGGUCAGCCUUCAAGAAAAAUGUACCUGCUAUAGAGAAAGCCAUCAGUAAAAUGGAGUCGCGGAUCAUGUGACUGUCAUCUAGCAUUAAAUUAAUGAAGCUAUCUCGAAAUGUAUUUCCUAGAACCUCUACCGUUCCAUUGGUUGUUCUCCAUAUCUACUUGUUGUGGCUUUGUCAAUUUAAUGCCUUGUGUCUGUAUCUUAAUACAUGGAUAGAACAACCAUUGUUGACUUGAACUAUUGUUAUGUUUCUAACUAGCUCUUUUAACUCUA